AUGAUGAACGACGGGCAAAAACCGUUUGCUUGCACGAUUGCGGGUUGUGAAAUGACAUUUGCGAAUGAAGACCACUUGAACUGGCACCACAAAAAACACGACAUGGUUUUAAACUUGGGUUUGGCCAACAAAAACGCAGAAGCUGACCAAACUCCAACUCCAACACGAUUUAUCCGGAAUUGUGAGGAGGUGGGUCUGUUCCAAGACUUGCAAAAUGUGAAUCCGUUUGAUGAGACGUUCAAAAAAGCGAUAGAGUCCGCAAAAGCGGGAACUUUACAUAUACCUGAAGCUGCCUCCAAUGAUGAUACUCUUCACACUCCUCACAUUCUUCUCAAUGUUGAAAGUUCAAGCGUGAAAUAUUCGGAUAAUCAGUCGAUUCAGUUUAAUGAUAUUUGUAUAAGUCGGGUGGAAUCGGUCCCUGAAAGCCCCAGUUCGAGUGAGAAUGAUCUAACCAUCACUAUCGAGAAGUUGAGUCCGAAGAAAGAACAAGACAAGCAAAUUAACUUGAAAGAUAAAUUAAAAGAGACGAUAAAAAAUAAAGGAAAGUCUUCAUUAAUUAUCACUCCAGUGCCGUUAGAAAAGCUUCAAGUUACUAAAGAAAGUGAAAAACGGCCACCAACUCCUGAAAAAACUACAAGUGUUAAAAGACGGAGACGGAAAACGUCCAGUAAGGACACAGACGAUGAGAGAGAGAAGGUGCGAGAGAUGAACCGAGCGGCACAAAUCCGCUGCCGAAAACGCAAACAAAUCCAACGCAAGAAAAUGGAAGAAGAGAUGAAAACGCUCAAAAGUGACAAUGCGAAACUAUAUGGGGAAAAUCAAGACUACAAGCAUAAAAUUUACGCCUUGAAGGAACUCCUCGUAAAACACAAAAAGGAAAAUGCUUCUGAAGACACCGCUUUCGUUAAAAAGAUCGAAGAAAUUCUCAACUCUAAACCGCCCCCACGAAAAGAGAAGCCGCCUGAAGAUGCGCAGAAAACACCUAAAAAAAUCCCCAUAAAGCCGGUGCCUCUGGCUCAGGAUACUGCACUAAUUGUGCAAAAGCCGGUGUAUUUGCAGUUGGUGGGGCCUUUGGCACCUUUGGCAUUGUCUCUGAUGCCAGAUAAAUAGGUUGUUUUAGAUUUAUGUUAGUUGUAAUACCUACUACUAUUAACUACUUAAAUGAAUUAUGUGUUUUUUAGUUAAGUCUUACGCUGGUAUAACAAUUGUGAUAUAAUUAUGAUGCAAGAAGUAAAGUCUACUUUUUUAAAAACAUUUUGUAAAAAAUAAAUAUUAAAUAAAUAA